AUGACUGUCAAGGGCGGAACCACCCCAGCCUGCGCCGCCUGCAAAUACCAACGCCGCAAGUGCAGCCCGGCCUGCCCCCUCGCCCCUUAUUUUCCGGCCAACCAGCCCAAGAUGUUCCAGAACGUCCACCGCCUCUUCGGCGUCUCCAACGUCACCAAGAUCUUAGAGAAGCUCCCCAAGAAGCUCGACCGGGACGACGCCAUGCGCUCGAUAAUCUACGAGUCCGACAUGCGAGAGCGCUUCCCGGUGGCCGGCUGCUGCGGCGUGCUUUCUCACCUGUAUCACCAGCUGAUGGCUGCUACCAAGGAGUUGGACUACGUAAACGCUACCCUGCAGAGCUACCGGGAAGCGAGCCAGAAAGGCCAGCAACAGAUGGUUUUGCAACAACAACAGCAUAUAGUCGAGUAUGGAGGGGAGCAGUUUGUUUUCAACGAUGGCGCCGAUAUGAUGAGCGUGAUUCGGGCGCAGAUGGAGGCGUUUGGACUGCAGAAGACGGAUGUUGUUGGUUUUGAUACGGAAGAGCAACAUGUUUUUGAUAGUAGUGAAGCUCAGCAAUUUAGCAAUAAUAUAGUGUUUGAUCAUGAGAGGAGAUCUUAUUGUAAUCCCACCACUACUAAACGUGAAGAAUUUGAAUCAAGCCUGGAAUCAACAUUAGAUGAUGCGACGGAACAAUCAGCGUUACAUGAAGAGGCGCGCGGCUACCGGAACAGAAGGGAGUUGAUUAGAGUGUGAAUUGGUCUCGAUUUUGUUAGUAGACCUUGCACUUCUCAUUCUUUUCUUGGUUAUUUUUUGAUUUAUCAUAGAAUACCAAACUGUGUUUAUAGGAGUGUUAGAUAAAUAAGCAGUGUUCCAAAUAAACAAUGGACUGAAUAUUUGAUUUCGUCCCACCAUCCUCCUGCAUCUCCCGCUCUAGAUUCGGAGCUCUGCGUCUCUGUCUACCGUUGUAUGGAGCUUCCUUCUGAGUCAAGGUGGUACAGCCAUGGAGCCAGCCGGACUAGCUCAGUCAAAGUCAAAUGUGAAUAGGAGGGGGAAGGUGACGAAGAGCUGGAAAUUGCGUCCAUUGAAGUCUUUGUUCUCUUUUUUUUGUUAUCAAAUGAAUUAUUUUCAGUAUUAUUGUAUUAUGUUAAAUUACUCUUUAAUAAUAAACACGUUCGAUAA